AUGUUGUAGUUAAUAUGAUAUUCCCAAUUAAUUUCAAUCACAUAAAUCUUGUCUCCAUACCCUUCUGCGCAUCUUCGGACUGAGAGCUCCCGAGGAUAUUGGCUUAUACCACACUGUUUCCAGAGUUAGACUUAAGGAUACACACCAACUCAUGGAGUGACAGUUAAUUCUCUUUCAAGGCCACUGAUUUCUAGAUCAAAUUCUCAAGUCCUAACAAUAGCACCAAAAUAUCAAGAUCCUAAAAAUCCCAAGCGAAAUCUGCAAACCACCAAACAUGUCACCAUCAUUACCAAACUCCUACUCAACCCUCCCAUUCCAACACAUCCGCGUCUCUCACGUACCCGAGUCCUCAGCAAAACCCACUCCAAUCAUUCUAGUCACACUAUACCGACCAGGAAAACACAAUGCAUUCACCGAUACUAUGACUGAAGAUCUCGAAACAGCCUUUAAUCUCUUCUCGCUCGAUCCUAGAGUGAAAUGUAUUGUGAUUACUGGCCAUGGAAAAAUGUUUUGUGCUGGAGCUGAUUUGGAAACUGGUUUGUCUUAUGAAAAUGACACGGCGUUGACACAUCGAGAUGGUGGUGGAAGGGUAUGUGUUUUGUCUUUGUGUGUUGUGGGAGCAUUUGAUUUUUAUCAUGCUCUGCUGUAAGAAGCUGUUGAUUAAUCUUUUUGGUUAGGUAGCACUAGCUAUCCAUAGAUGCACAAAACCUACAAUUGCCGCAAUCAAUGGGUGAGUGAACAAUCCUACUCGCUUCUUUUGAAGGCAAUAACCGCAAACGAUAGCUUUUAAACACCUUUCAUAGCUCAGCCGUUGGUAUUGGUAUAACUUGUAAGCAUUAAAUUUUCACAACAUGCACCUACUUCUUCUGCCAACUCUCAUUUAUUCCCCACCAUCCGUUCUCUAAUUCACCUCAGUGAUCCUCCCAACCUCCAUCCGCAUCGUCUCCUCAACCGCAAAAAUCGGAUUUGUCUUUGCUCGCCGCGGUAUAAUAAUGGAAGCCUGUUCCUCUUAUUUUCUCCCUCGUCUCAUCGGUCUCUCCCGUGCCACCCACCUCACCACAACUGGCUCAAUCUACCCAUCAACAUCUACCCUUCUUUCUAGCCUAUUUUCCGAGAUUCUACCUCCAGAACAAGUUCUCCCCCGAGCAUUAGAGCUCGCAAGUGAUAUUACCAAAAAUACCAGCGCGGUGUCAACUGCCGUUAUGAAAGAUUUGAUGUGGAGAGGUCCCGGGACGCCGGAGGAAACGCAUUUUCUGGAAAGUAAAAUUUUGUUGGAGUUGUAUGAUGGGGAAGACAAGAAUGAGGGAAUUAGAAGUAUGUUGUUGAUUGAAUUUGUGAUAGAGCUUCAAGAUUAACCUAAUAUGUGACAGGUUUCAUGGAGAAGAGAGACCCGGAAUUCAAGGAUAAUAUGGAAGAGAAUGCACCGAGUGUUUGGCCUUGGUGGAAACCUAUUGAUACCAAACCGCCAUCUACGAUUGAAGAAUUGACACGGCGAUUGAUGGAAAGGGAGUUAGAACCAGGAAAGGCUAAACUUUGAGAGCUGAUUUUGUAGCUUCUAUGUAGAUGACAUGUGGCUAUGUAUUGCCCAAAACCAUUUAAACAAACAGUAAUGGAAAACAACAUCUACAUAAGCAAAGAAAUGAAGG